AGCAGGAAAGAGAAAGGAACUCGGCCCUCUCGCAUUCGGGGGGAUUCCGUCACGACCCAGGAAGCGAGAAUUAAGCCCCACCUGCUCCACCUGCCCCACCCCGCCCCGCAAGCGUGAAGCGAACCAUGGCGAACGGCGAGAACGGAUUCGUGAAGCCUCAUCUUCCUCUCCCCGAAGGUCCGUACAUGGUCUCCCAUGUGGACGUGCUGAAGAAAGGAAAAGGGUUGGACGGGCUGCUGCUCCGACUCUACUAUCCGACGGACGAGGACAGCCCCGAUAUCUUCUCUGCACAGGAGGAAUGGCCGCACUGGUUGCCGGAGGUGAACAAGUACGUGGAAGGAUACUCGGCGUUCGUCGGGGUCUGGCCGUCCGUCAUGCAUCUCAUCUACCGCGUCUGCAUCGGCGACUUCUGGAUCCCCAUGUUCCAUAACCGCGCCCCCAAGAAGGUCUCGGGGGGAUACCCGCUCGUGAUCUUCUCGCACGGCCUCGGCAUGUGCCGCUGCAGCUACUCCUACAUCUGCAUGCAGCUCGCUUCCCACGGAUUCCUCGUUGCUGCGCUGGAUCACAGAGACGGAUCUUCCUGCAUGACGGCGGAAGCACACGACGGAUCCGCUGAAAACGAGACCGCAUGGAUCCCAUACCGAACUCUCGAGAAGGGAGAAUCCGAACUGAAGCUGCGCAACGCCCAGGUGCAUCAGCGGUCCGAGGAAGUGCGAAACGUUCUCCGCUUCAUGGAGGAGCUCAACUCCGGGAACCUGGAUUUCUCUUCCCUCUCGCUUCCGUCCGACAUAUCCACCCUGAAGCAAAUCCAGGGGGAGAUCAACAUGGAGAAAGUGGUGGUGUCAGGACACUCUUUCGGAGGCGCUACAACCCUCGUCAGUCUCACCAAGGAGCCGAAAUUCAGGUGCCUGGAAAUCAUUGCAUAUGACACAGACUGGAUCCAGUCCGAUAGCGAGCCAUCUUUGAAUGUGCCCUUCAUAGAGGAUGGACCCACCGACGAAAUCAUGGGAGAUAUCGAGGGUAAAGAAGCGGGGAGAAAGAGUGUGCCUUAUUGGAUGCCUAGAGGUCGCGUGCGUGGGAUUGUUGGGGCCGGGAUCGCACUGGACAGCUGGAUGUACCCGCUCCAGAAGGAGGAGGAGAUUCUUCGCUCCAUCCAGAAGCCAGUCCUCUUCAUCAACAUGGAGGCAUUCCAGACGAAUGCGAACCUGAGAGCGAUGAAGAAGUGCCUCAAUGGCGCGUGCACGAAGAAAGUCGUGACGAUCCAGGGAACGGUGCAUCACAAUCAAGUGGACACCCCUUUCAUGUCGAACGUGGCCUGGUACUCUCGUCUCGCAUCCCACCUCAUCAUAGGGCCCAAUUCCAAAACCGACCACGACGUGGCUGCGAGACUCAACGUGGCUUUGAUGCUGGAAUUCCUCUGGCGACUCCUCGGUCUGGAGCCGAGAGAGAAGGAGUUGAAGAUGGUUCAAGAGCAUAAGGAAUUGCUUCUAGAAGGUAUCGACCAGUGAAAUCGGGGAAGAACUGCUUGACACGAAGCUUUAACGAUUCUGCUGUCCGUUUGCGCAAAAAGUAACCAAGCGUAUUGGUUCCAAGUUCCUGCUUGUAUACUUCUGUACUACCAUAUCUUGGUGCAGGUUUUUCUUCUGCUUUGUCAGGCGCACGUUCAGUACAUGUGCAUAUCGAAUGCGCUCUUCGCUACAUGGAAU